GAAACAAAUGGCUAAUGGUUAGGUUAGUCAUCUGGUGCGAACAUAUUGCAGGCAAUUUACUAACAAUUGAUGAUGAUACGUUAGCAAUCUGCUAUCAUUUAUACAAUUUAGUUUAAUGGACGAUUUAUUUAAUUCGUCGUUUUUUCAUAGCUAUCUUAGCAGAAUGAAUUCACCACCGUGUACAUUAGACGAUUCCAUGUCAUUGAAUGAUUCAAACAGUUCUUCUAACACUAUAUUUUCCAACUGCAGUGCACCGGCUUUUAAUGAUUUCUUAGAUUUUGAUUUACAAAGCAACUUUGAAUAUCAGAAACCAUCAGUUUAUAUAAUCGGAUUAAAUUUAUUCUCAUACUUUACACCAUUUAUACUAGUUAUCGGUUUGAUAGGAAACGGACUAUCUCUGGCUGUAUUCACCUCAAAGAACAUGCGCAAAAUGUCUGCAAGUUCUUAUCUGGCGGCGUUAUCAGCAGCUGAUAUUUGUACCCUGAUCUUCUAUGUGUUUAUUGAAUGGUUACGAAGAGGUCUUGUCCAUAUAAAUCCGGAUGCUGAUAUUUUAUUAAACGUUUUGAAUAGGGACGGACCGUGUCAAGUGUUCUUGUUUUUGUCAUACAUAUCUCGUGUAAUGUCAACUUGGAUAAUUGUUGUAUUCACCAUCGAACGGUUUACAGGAGUUUGUUACCCUCUUAAAUCUUUCAAAGGAAAGUCAAAAAAGAUAUUAAUAGGAAUGUUGAUCAUUGGCGGUCUUCUUGUUUUAUACAAACCUAUUCUUAGCGGCGAGUACAUAAAGAGAGGACAAAUGACUUGCAGUUCAAAUCCAAUGUACAGUUUUGAGUCAUUUGUGUUAGAUUCAAUUUUUGCUUUACUUAUAACACUUGUUCCUUUUAUCGUCAUAACAAUUCUAAAUAUAAUGAUUAUGCGAACUUUGUACUUAAGAAAUUAUCGCCACCGUGAACUUUUUGCGGAAACAACUAAGAUACGACUCGAGUUUACGUUUAUACUGCUAGCGAUUUCAUUCUUCUUUAUUGCGUUCAAUUUGCCCUAUUCAGCAGUCUGGUUCAGAAAUUUUAUGUCUUCGAAAUUUAAAAGAUUUGAUACCUAUAAUUUCAAUUACAAAGACAUUGACUACUGGAACGGGGUGCUACUUGUUACAAGAACAGUGUUUUAUAUGAACUAUUGUGUUAAUUUCUUUUUAUACAGUAUCACGGGUGCAUAUUUUAGAAAUGAACUUGCACUUAUGUUGCGUUUCAAACAAAGGAAAAACAGGAUCUACAAAUCACAUAUCCGUAGUAGCAGAUUUGGCAGCUCAAAUCAUUCUGGAACAAUAGCUACAUAUAUGGCUUAGGCUUCAUAAAGACACAUAUGAUAACUUUUUUUUAGCGAAAACCGUAUAUCAGGUUAUUUUCUCGUACGACAAAUUUCGCGAUUCUGGCAUUUCUUAUUCUUUAGUGAUUCUAGCGAUUUUGUUGUAUAUGUUUCUUUUUUCCGCGUUUUUCUGCUUACAAAGACAGAUCAUUCUUUUUUGUCAGAAAUUUAUUGUUCUCACAGUUAAAACUUUGUUUUCAAUUUUUCUCUUGACGUAUUGCUUACAAGUAUGUAUUUAGUAGUUCACACUUAUUGCCUCAUCUCACCUUAUUGUUGAGCUGCCUGUGUUCGUUUACCUACCAGCAAUGUGUGAAUUAUCUUAUUAUAUCGGGCAAUUAGUAAAACUGCAAGUUUGCUCACUAUCUAUGCCACUUAAGAUUUGUUUAUGUAAAACAAAGUCCCCAAAAAACAAUUCUAAACAAGCAUGAAUAUCGAAAAUUGAUAUUGGAUAUAUUGAUAUGCAGGUAUCACAGUUUCAGAUAUUUACGACUAAACUGAGUAGCAAAAUCCAAAAAGGUCCAAAAAUAGAAAGAAAUAAGAAUCCCUAA